GCGGAGAAAACGCUACUAUUAGAAGACAAAGGACACUAUGGAAAUUUUAUACAGUCCUUUUCUCUUGUGUUUUGGUUUUUGGAGUAAUAAGAGACAAAGAAACUUGCUUCCAUCUAAACCUUUCUUAUUUAUAGUUUUAAAUAUGACAUCUGAUAGUGGUAACGAAAGAUCAAAACAAGAUGAAAAUAAUGAGGUGUUUGAAAAAGAUAUUGAAGGCAAUAUAAGUGAUCACUCUAGUUUGGGGAGUCCAGCUCCAUUGAAUACAAACGAUGACCCUGGGAAGAAAAACAAAUCGAAACCAAGAACGAGAAAAAGACUAAUAAAAGAUGUAAACGCGCCAAAAGCACCUUUGACAGGCUAUGUUCGAUUUUUAAAUGAACACCGAGAAAAAUUUCGCGAGCAACACCCUGUUAUGCCAUUCCAUGAAGUUACAAAAAUUUUGGGUCAGAAGUGGUCCAGUAUGGCACAGGAAGAAAAACAGCAAUACCUAGAAGAAGCAGAACGAGAAAAAGAGAAGUACAUGAGAGCAUUGGAAGGAUACCAACAGUCUUCGGCAUAUAAAGAAUUUCAAGAAAUGAAGAAACGAAAGGAGGCGGAACAACAUGACGUUGAUAAUGAGCUAAAACAAACAAAAUCGAAUAUAAAAGUAGAAUAUCCACAUUCGAACUCACCCAGUCGAAACGGCAUACCCGCGUUACAGGGGCCGAAAAUUACGACGGAUACCGGAAUGCAUAUACCUGUUUUUACAGAACAGUUUUUGGAGUAUUCUCGCCAACGUGAAUCAGAAUUGCGCCAGGUUCGAAAAAAUAACUCUGUUUACGAGGAACAAAACGCUAUUUUGAACAAGCAAAUUGACCAUAUGAAGAACGUGAUGGAUCGCGUGAAAACUGAUAUCAUCCAACAGGAGAACGAAAACCUGACUAUGCAGACGUACUUGGAUAAGUUCAGGAAGUUACUGGUAGAUUUAUUUAAAACCUUUCCCUUUCCUUCCCACCUCAGCGAAAGACUGACUUGUGAAAAUAUCGACACUAAAUUAACUCAACUAACGGAAUAUCUGAGCACUGGAAGGGAUGUGUCGCAAGAUCUUCGAAAGAAGUUGAAGGAUCUGAUCUCCAGAAUUGAUUAUCCUACUUUGAAAGAAUGAUCGCUAAUCAUGCAGCUCAAACAUCUUUUGUUUACUUGGGAGAUAAUAUGACACGAUUGUAUUUUUAUAUUUUAUGUUUGCGAGGUUUGUUUCUUACAAGAGAAAAUGGUUUAAUAAGUAAAUGAA